AUCAGCCCAAAGACUGCAUCUCAGUACAAAAUAUGUGGAACAUUAUUACCUGCAACUGAUGGUUUGGUCCUUCAUUAUAUGGUGAAAAUCUGCUGGAGGAGGAAGAGAAGACCUCUUUUGUUAAGAGCAUUUUUACUACUGGAAAAGAGCUCUUUCCCCCUCUUAACAUGAAGCCCUUUGAAAACAGCUGGUUGCUUCUACUGCUGGCUGCUAUCCUGAGAGUUAUCAGUGCCUCCUUUAUCAGUGUCAAUCUUGGGGUGAAAGUGAUGAAAGGCCAGUCUGUCUUCCUGUCAGAAGAUGACCUCAAGUUUUCCAUCCCCAGAGAGAAAGAUGCCUGCAAAGUAGAAGUUGUGAUUAAUGAGCCAAUAACUCAAAGGGUUGGGAAGCUGACUCCCCAGGUGUUUGACUGCCACUUCCUUCCUAAUGAAGUCAAAUAUACCCAUAAUGGCUGCCCGCUUUUGGAUGAAGACAGGGUUCUGCUCAGGCUGUACAGAUUUACAGAAAAUGAGACAUUUGCAGAAACAUUCACCCUCCACGUGCAGUUACUUGAACCAGACUGCAACAUCAUCAAAAUGCGCAUCCGGGCCCUGGAGGUCCCUAAGUAUCAUGGUCUGUCCACGGUGAUCGACAAGAACGUCCUCGCUUUUGACUAUGACAGGAAGAUAAACCUGGGCUGCACCAUCACCGUUCCCUCUGUGGAGAUGCACCUUCCUGCUCACGGCCAGCUGAUCACUGCGGAAGGGCAGCGAGAGCGGCCUCGCGGGGACCAGCCGCAGGGCUUCCUCCCCAGCUCCAGUACGAUGUGCCUCCGUACGUGCAGAAGGGGGAAUUGCAUGUCAGGACUAGGAGUGAUUCACAACAUAAAAAUGAGCUGUGAAGAGUUUCUGAGGAUGGGGAUCCGAUACCAGCAUCUCGACCCUCCCUCACCUGACAUAGACUAUAUUCCUCUCAGACUUGAUCUCACAGACAUUAGAAGCAAAACUUUGCACAAGACUGAGUAUGCAUGGCUCGCUGUUCAAAUUAAAGGUGCUAUUCCAAACCAAAUCCCCAGGGCUGUCCUGACAGCAAAGUUCAGCCUGGAGGUAGACCAGUUUAUUUUAACUCCCGUAACAACCACAACUGUUGAUGCUGAAGACAGCGAAACACCAAAGCCUUUGCUUGUCUUCAACAUUACCAAGCCACCUCCAAGCGGCUUCAUCACUCAUCUAUCGGACCACACAAAACCGAUUGGCUCCUUCACAUGGAAAGACCUCAGCGACCUGCUCAUUGCUUAUCAGCCUCCAAACAACAGCCACACAGAGAGGAGGAACUAUGAGGUGGAGUUUGAGGUUCACGACUUCUACUUCGAAAGGAGUCUACCAAUCACUGUACAUCUUUCUAUCAGAACAGCAGAUACAAAUGCUCCUCGGGUUUCAUGGAAUACAGGCCUCGACCUUUUGGAAGGGCAGUCGCGACCGAUCACAUGGGAACACUUCCAAAUUGUAGAUAAUGAUGACAUCCAAAAUGUUCACCUGGUCACAGUAGAUGGCUUGCAGCAUGGGCGGCUCACGGUGAGAGGAGGGAAAGGAUUCAUGUUCACAGUCUCUGACAUUCAGGCUGGGGCUGUUUGCUACCAUCACGAUGAUAGUGACUCUACAAAGGAUUUUGUGGUAUUUAGGAUUUUUGAUGGCCUCCACAGUAUUCGCCAUAAAUUCCCAAUUAAUAUCCUUCCUAAAGAUGACAGUCCUCCGUUUCUUAUCAGCAAUGUGGUAAUUGAAGUCCACGAAGGGCAGACAAUCUUGAUCCAAGGCUCUAUGCUUCAAGCCUCUGACAUGGACUCCAGUGACGAUUACAUAUUAUAUAAUGUUACCAAGCCACCACACGCAGGAGAAAUCAUGAAGAAACCAGGACCAAACCUGAUUGGGUAUCCUGUCAGUACUUUCCUUCAGAGGGAUCUAUUUAAUGGAAUAAUUUAUUAUCAUCAUUUUGGAGGAGAAAUAUUUGAAGAUUCCCUUGAAUUUGUCUUAUGUGACAGCCAUGACCCUCCCAAUCUCUCAGAGCCACAGGUGCUGAUUGUGCACAUUAUCCCUGUGGAUGAUCAGCCACCCCGAGAAGCCUCAGGAGUGACACGUCACCUGGUUGUUAAGGAGACUGAGAUUGCUCAUCUAACUAAGAAACAUCUCCACUUCAUAGAUGUGGAAGAACAAGAAAGGGAACUCACGUACACCAUAACCUCUUCCCCAUUUUUUUCAUGUAGACACAGCCAAUCAGAUGCUGGGAAGCUGUUUAUGGUGGACACCAUCCCAAAACUGGUCAAGGAUCCUGCUGCUCUUGCGCUGAGAUCAUUUACUCAGCAUGCUGUGAAUUAUAUGAAAGUUGCCUACAUGCCCCCACUGCAGGACAUUGGGCCUGAACCUCAGCAAGUUCAGUUUAUAUUUUCUGUCAGUAAUCAGCAUGGGGGCACUCUGUAUGGGAUCUGCUUCAAUAUUACGAUUCUUCCGGUGGACAACCAAGCACCAGAGGUGUUCACGAGCCAUGUGAGAGUGGACGAAGGCGGCCUGAGCCCAAUCACGGAGAGCCACAUUCGCCUCUCAGACGCGGACACAAGACAGGAGCAGCUCCUGCUCAUCCUGCAGAGAGAGCCGCAGCACGGUGCAGUGGAGCUGGACGGCGUUCCCGUGAAGGAAGGUGACAGGUUUUCCUGCAGGGACCUGCGCACCAUGGCACUCAGGUACAGGCAUGAUGGUUCUGAGACACUUACUGAUGGUAUCCUCUUUGUGGCCACUGACAACAUUCAGUCAGUAGAGUUCAUACUGCAGGUCAAGGUGCUGCCUGUGAACGAUGAGCUGCCUGUUAUGCGAACAGGCCUUGUUCCUGUUGUACACUGCCUGGAGAGUGAAGAAGUGGUCCUUUCCUCAGAGUACAUUUGUGCAACAGACGCAGACAGUGAUGACAUGAAGUUAGUGUUUACACUGGUUCGCCAGCCCAAGCAUGGGGUAGUGAGGAAAGCAGGCGUCGCUGUGAGGCGUUUUUCCCAAGCUGAUGUUGUCUCUGGUUUGGUCACAUACAAGCACACAAGUGGGGAGAUUGGCCUGACUCCUUCCUUUGAGAUCUUAGCCUUUGUUGUCUCUGAUGAUGAAGCUGGCUCAGAUGUGAAUAACUGCUGUUAUGACAGACCUCUCCCUCCACCAGUUCCACUUCAUAAUCCAUUGACAAUAUUUGAACUUAACAUUACUGUACUUCCAGUGGACAACCAGGCUCCAUCCAUCACAACUGGUGCAAGGUUUGUGGUGGAGGAGGGCUCCUCAGCAGCCCUUACUGCUAAGCAUUUGUUUGCCACUGACCCUGAUACCGCUGCAGAUGACUUAGAGUUUGUCUUGGUUUCUCCUCCCCAGUUUGGUUACAUUGAAAAUAUACUGCCUUCUCCUGGGUUUGAGAAGAGCAACAUUGGUAUAAGUAUAGCAUCUUUUCAGCUGAAACAUCUGAAAGCCCUGAAUAUAAACUAUGUACAGUCUAGGCACAUGCGGAUUGAGCCAACAUCAGACCAGUUUGUGCUUUAUGUCACUGAUGGGCUGCAUCACUCAGCAGAGACUCCAUUCUUCGUGCUGAUCAACCCAACCAAUGAUGAAAUUCCAGAAUUCAUAGCAAGGAACAUUUCUGUUCCGGAGGGUGAGGUGAAAGAGCUGGAUCUCUCUGUUAUCAGUGCAGUUGAUCUAGAUAUGCCUCAGGACCAUUUGGUAUUCAGUGUUGUGCAGAAGCCCUGUCAUGGAUUUCUCAUUAAUGGAGUUCAUGGCAAUGAUAUUCUACACUACAAACAGUUAAUUACCCAUCAACACAGCCAUGAACUUCUUGUUCAUGACUUUUCCAUGAAGCUACUUAUGAAUGGCAGGAAGCUGAUAUACAUGCAUGAUGACUCAGAAAACAUCGCUGACAACUUUACAAUCCAGCUAUCAGAUGGGAAACACAAAGUCCUCAGAACCAUUUCAGUAGAGGUCAUUCCUGUUAAUGAUGAGAAACCAGUGCUGAGCAAGAAGAAUGAUAUAGAGGUGAACAUGGGUGGAACCCGAAUCAUUUCUAGUGCUGUUCUGUCAGCUGAAGAUAAAGAUACCCCCAGGGAGCGAAUUUACUAUGUAUUGGAAAGAAUUCCAGAAAAUGGGCAGCUUCAGCUCAAGGUUGGCAGAGACUGGGUGACUCUCCAAGCUGGAAUGAAGUGCACCCAGGAAGAACUAGAUAUGAACCUUGUGAGAUACCUCCAUACAGGAGCUAUAGGGUCUAAGAACCAAGACAGCUUCACAUUUUAUCUGUGGGAUGAGUACAACAGAUCCCCACCUGUGAACUUCUACAUAAAUAUAAAGGACAUGGAAAAGGGAGAUAUUGCUGUUUUCAUAAAACCUCUUAGAGUGCAAAAAGGAGAUCGAGGCUACAUUACAACAGAUGCCCUCCUUGCAGCGGAUGGAACAGACAAACCGGAGGAGCUCCUUUACGUGAUAACCUCUCCACCUCAGUAUGGACAAAUAGAGUAUGUCAGCUAUCCUGGCAUCCCCAUUUCCAGCUUCAGUCAAAUGGACGUCGCAGGCCAGAUAGUCUGCUAUGUUCAUAACACUAACCACACACCUGUUUCUGAGGAUACAUUCAGAUUCAUCAUCAGCAAUGGACUGAGGACUAAGCAUGGGACAUUCACCAUCUCCCUGGAGACAGUCGACCAAGCUUUACCCACUCUGUCUAGAAACACGGGGUUAAGAUUAGUGGAAGGCACCAUGGCGCUCCUUUCUCCUGAUGUCCUGCAGCUUUCAGACCCAGACACUUCCAGAGAAAACCUUACCUUCCUCUUGGCUCAGGUCCCCCAGAAUGGUCAUCUGUAUUAUCGAGGGGCUGUGCUACUGCAGCACAACUUCACCCAGCAAGAUGUGGACAACAUGGAUAUUGCAUAUAAACACCAAGGCGGGGAUUCCCAGAUUGACAUAUUUACAUUUGUUGCAACAGAUAGGACUAAUCAAGGCUUCAUCGUGCAUGGGAGGGUGCAGACCGAGCCAGUGGCAUUCACCAUUCAGGUGGACCACAUGGACAAAACAGCACCAAAAAUUAUUCAUCUCCAUUGCUUUACUGAUGUAGAACUGCUGAAGAAUGGAAAUUAUGGGAUCUAUAUUACUGCCAGGAACCUAAAGGCAUCUGAUCCCAAUACAGAAAAUGACAAAAUAAUUUUUAAGAUUACACGAGGUCCUCAUCAUGGCUACCUGGAAAAUAUAACCACAGGUGGCUUUAUCCAUGAAGAGUUUAGCCAAAAGGAUUUGAACAGUAAAUCCAUACUUUAUGUCAUCAAUCCACUGCAGGAAACGAGUUCAGAUGACUUGGAGUUUCAAGUCACAGAUCCCAAUGGAAAUGCAGCAGUUCCCCAAACAUUGGAACUUCGGUGGUCUCGGAUUGAAAUGCAACAAACUGAAUACGAAGUGUGCGAGAAUGUAGGAAUGGUGACACUGAAAAUCAUCAGGGCAGGAUACUCUGCAGACUCUGCCUUUAUUGUGGUGAAGAUCAACGAAAUAUCAGCUGUGCUGGGAAAGGACUUUACAGUGACUCCCUCUAAACUUGUUCAGUUUGAUCCAGGAAUGUCAACCAAGAUGUGGAAUAUAGCAAUUACCUAUGAUGGAUUAGAGGAAGAUGAUGAGGUCUUUGAAGUAGUUCUGAGCUCCCCUGUGAAUGCCGUUCUUGGCGCUAGGACAAAAGCCACAGUGAAAAUUUUGGACUCAAAAGGAGGUCAGUGCAGCUCUUUCCAUUCCUCUGGCCAAAAUAAGCACGACUUCUGGGGAAGAGGCACGCUGAUUCCAGUUUCCUCAGGCUCCUCAUCACCUUCCAGGCCUGGCAGCACUCACUUGGAAAGGAUCCCGCCAUCUCCUUCCAAAGGGAUGACAGAGCGUAGAGGGGACAUGCUGCAGGAGCGCAGCCUGGCAAGUCAGUCAAAGACCAGGCUGAGAGUGAUUGGAAAUGGCAGAAUAAUUCAUCCCUCAUCUGUAUUUAGAAAUGGAACUGAUGUUGUUUUCAAAUAUCAUGGGAUGGUGUCACUCAGAAUAGAGGAAGACUCCUCAUCAGCUAAAGCAAACAGCAAGGCUGAAGUAUCAGUAAUUAACCAAGCACAGCCACAGAUAGAUACAAAUGCCUCUAGGAAGACGGAAAUCCCACAAGCUGAUAAGGCAGAAUUGGCAUCUGAACCAAGCUCUAGCCAUCAGGAAGUGAGUACAAAAAAAUGCCCUGCUGGAUGGAGUCAUCAUGAGGGCAGCUGCUAUUUCCUGGUGGUGAAUCACAAGGUCUCCUGGAAUACCGCUGCUCGGGCUUGUAGAGAACAAUACCUGGGGAGCCUGGCAAGUGUGGCUAAUGAACAGCACAUGAAGUGGCUGUGGGACUUCGGCGGGAGGAAGCCCUUUUGGAUAGGCUUGAAUGACCGAGUGAAUGCUGGACAUUGGGAGUGGAACGGUGGAGAACCCAUCACCUAUAUAAACUGGAGAAGAGGCCCCUAUCGUGUUCCAAAGAGAGGGAAAAACUGUGUUUUGGUGCAGAAGCGAGGGAAAUGGCAAGCAACGGACUGCAGGAAGAUCAAACAGAACAGCUAUAUAUGCUCAAGAAAGCUGUAAAGAAUGGAGCAUCCUUGUGCAAGCAUGUGGCCUUUCCUGUUCAUUCAAUUUCAUUUCCAGAUUCGUGAGGGUAGGCAGAUA